AUGGCGGCGUUGGUGGAUUCUGGCCGCCUGGCUUUGGUCAGCGACGCGGACCUCCAUCAAGCCCAUGUCGCCCUGCAGCAUCAACAGAGCUCAGAGGUCUCGGUGCCUCGAGAAUUCAUAUCCCUUAUCGUCGAGGAACUCAUUCAUCGCCGCGAGCAAUACUCUUCCAUCGCGAGAAUCGAACAAGAGUGUACUCACCUCCGCAAAGAACUCCGCAAACACACCCAUAUCAAUGAAGCAUUCCAAAAGGAGCUGCUGGAGAUCGGAGAGAUCAUUACCCAGGUUGCUCAUGGCGAUCUCUCCCAGCGCGCCCGUAUGCACCCCUUGGAGAUGUCGCCGGAGAUUGCAACCUUCAAGCAGACUAUCAACACCAUGAUGGACCAGCUGCAGGUGUUCAGUCAAGAGGUCUCAAAGGUUGCGCGCGAGGUCGGUACCGAGGGCGUGCUCGGCGGCCAGGCGAAGAUAGAAGGUAUCCGGGGCAUCUGGCAUGAACUUACUGUCAACGUCAAUGCCAUGGCAAACAACCUCACGACCCAAGUCCGCGAUAUCACUACUGUCACUACCGCAGUAGCUCAGGGCGAUCUGACGCGUAAAGUGCAAGCAGAUUGCAAGGGUGAGAUCCUGCUACUGAAGAACAUCAUCAACUCGAUGGUCGAUCAGCUAAGGGAAUUUGCUUUCGAGGUUAGCCGUGUGGCUCGCGAGGUCGGAUCAGAUGGUACACUGGGUGGUCAGGCGGUGGUCCAUGGGGUCGAGGGCACCUGGAAGAAUCUUACGGAUAAUGUCAAUCGCAUGGCAUCAAAUCUAACCCAGCAAGUGCGUGAGAUUGCCAAGGUGACGACUGCUGUUGCUAGAGGUGAUCUCACAAUGAAGGUCACCGCCGACGUCAAGGGCGAGAUCCUCGAUCUGAAACUUACAAUAAACGCCAUGGUGGACCGACUCAAUCAAUUCGCUUUCGAGGUCAGCCGUGUGGCACGAGAAGUCGGAACCGAUGGUACACUAGGAGGACAAGCACAAGUGGAGAAUGUCGAGGGUCGUUGGCGUGAUCUCACAGACAAUGUCAACACUAUGGCGCAGAACCUCACGAUGCAGGUCCGGCAGAUUUCCAACGUGACUCAAGCAAUUGCUCGAGGUGAUCUCAGCACCAAGAUCGAGGUUCAUGCACAAGGCGAGAUCUUGACGUUGAAAGAAACCAUUAACAGUAUGGUCGAUGGCCUCGGACACUUUGCCAGUCAAUUAAAAAGCGUGGCAAGAGAUGUUGGUGUUCGAGGUGUCCUUGGUGGGCAAGCAAAUGUUGAUGGCUCUCUCGGUAUCUGGCGUUCAAUCAGCGAGGAUGUCAACACUAUGGCUGAGAACCUGACGUCUCAGGUUCGAGCCUUUGGAGAGAUCACAGAAGCCGCGAUGAGCGGCGACUUUAGCAAAUUGAUUACUGUGUCGGCAUCUGGUGAGAUGGAUGAGCUGAAGCAGAAGAUCAACAAGAUGAUCUUUGGGCUGCGGGAUAGCAUUCAGCGCAACACUGCUGCUCGUGAGGCUGCUGAGUUGGCGAACCGCAGCAAGUCCGAAUUCCUCGCCAACAUGAGUCAUGAGAUCCGUACACCGAUGAAUGGAAUCAUUGGCCUUUCGAGUUUGGCCCUCGAUACAGAUGAUCUUCCUUCGCAUGUGCGAGAAACAUUGAAUAUGGUUCACAACCUUGCGAAUAGCCUGCUCACCAUUAUCGACGACAUUCUCGACAUUUCUAAAAUCGAGGCCAAUCACUUGAAAAUCGAAAAGACACCAUUCAGUCUUGGAGUCACAGUCUUCAGUGUUCUGAAAGCGCUCGCGGUAGAAACCAAUGAGAAGGCUUUGAACCUGGUCUAUACGAUCGAUGGAAAUGUGCCUGAUUACCUUGUUGGUGAUGCCUAUCGCCUCCGACAAGUCAUGCUCAAUCUGGUGGGCAAUGCAAUCAAAUUCACCGAGGUCGGAGAAAUCCAGGUCGCUAUCAAGCGCUCUUUGAAUACCAGAUGUGAGCCUGAUGAAACGAUCUUCGAGUUUUCCGUCUCAGACCCAGGGAUUGGAAUUGAGGAGAGCAAACAGAGUCUCAUAUUCGACAAAUUCCAACAAGCAGACGGGUCAAUGACUCGUCGCUUUGGCGGAACUGGCUUGGGUCUUGCCAUCUCAAAGCGACUUGUGGCUCUUAUGGGCGGAGACAUCUGGGUGGCUUCACAACCGGGCCACGGCAGCACAUUCUCCUUCACCUGUCGGGUGAAGCUUGCCGAAGCUCCCCUAGGAUUUGUGGAACAAAUUUCCCCUCACCGAGGCCGUCGUAUUCUGAUUAUUGACGAGGGUCACAUGGGAGGAUUCCAGGCUGCGCAAAUGCUGCUAGGACUGGGGCUUGAGCCUCUGGUCGUCACUAGUCAUCAGCUUGCAUCCGGACCGUUCAAGACUGAAUGGAGCUUCGCCAUUGCCGCAAUUCUAGUCUCCUCGAUUGAGACGGCGGAGAAGCUGCGAGCUUGCGGUGAUUUUAGUACCAUUCCAAUGGUACUCACUGCGCCGCUGGUGUACCUCACAAUCAAAUCGGCCGGCGAGCUCGGUCUUAUGUCCUACAUCGCGACUCCGUGUCGCCCCGUCGAUCUGUGGAAUGGUCUUCUACCCGCCCUGGGUAACCGCUCCAACCACGCGCCAUCAGGGUAUACCCGACCACUGGCCAUUUUGCUGGCAGAAGAUAACGGCGUCAACCAAAAAGUGGCCGUACGCAUGCUAGAAAAGUUCAACCAUAACGUGACUGUGGUUGAGAAUGGACUGCAGUCCGUCAACGAAGUCAAAAAGAAUCGAUACGACGUUAUCCUCAUGGACGUCCAGAUGCCUGUUAUGGGCGGCUUCGAGGCAACGGGAAAGAUCAGAAAUUACGAGAAGGUCAACGGAUUGCCGCGCACGCCCAUCGUCGCUCUCACUGCACAUGCGAUGCUGGGAGACCGCGAAAAAUGCCUCGCUGCUGGCAUGGACGACUAUCUUCCCAAACCACUGGACCCGAACCGCAUGAUGCAGACAAUUCAGAAGUGGUCUGCUAUGAACAUUGCGUCUCUACAGGCUGUCUCGCCUUGA